AUGGCCAAUGAACUGGAAAUUGAGAAGCAAAAAACGGACGAGCUUCUAUGUGAGCUGAUGCCAUCCUCGAUAGCCGAUGCUCUUCGACAAGGAAAAAUGGUCGAAGCAAGCGACUUCUCCGAUUGUACGCUGCUCUUCACUGACAUCGUAACAUUCACAAAUAUAUGCGCCAAGUGCACUCCAUAUGACGUGGUCACUUUGCUGAACGAUCUGUACUUGCGAUUCGACCGAUUAAUCGAACUGCAUGACGUUUACAAAGUGGAAACCAUAGGAGAUGCGUACAUGGUCGUUGGAGGAGUGCCAGAUCCAUGUGAUAACCACUCAGAAAGAGUGCUGAACGUGUCUAUUGGUAAGUUGUUUUAUAAGAAUAUAGAGGAAACACCACUUCCCUUAUGA